UGUGUGUAGUAACAAGAAAAAAGAUGGCAACCGGAGUGGGUAAGCACAAGUUGACGAGCACGGGUCCGACUGAGCCAUGGUCCAUUAGAGAAAAGCUGUGCCUAGCCUCCUCAGUAAUGAGGAGCGGAGACCAGAACUGGGUUUCGGUUAGCAGAGCCAUCAAACCAUUUGCAGAGCCAGGCAGGCCGCCAGACUGGUUCUCACAGAAGCAUUGCGCAUCCCAGUAUUCUGAGCUCCUAGAAACAACGGAAACCCCAAAGCGGAAGCGUGGUGAGAAAGGAGAGGUUGUGGAGACUGUGGAGGACGUGAUCGUCCGGAAACUGACAGCAGAGAGGAUUGAAGAGCUGAAGAAACUGAUUAAAGAGACUCAGGAAAAACACAGGAAACUGAAGAAAGAAGCAGAGCUAAUUCAACUUGGACAUCUGGACAACAAAGUAGAAGAAAUCUGGGAUGACAUUGUCACGAAGAAGAAGCAGGAUGAGGAACAGGCUGAGAUGAAGAAGGCGGCGACUGAUGCUGCAUACCAGGCCCGGCAGGCUGCCAAGAACACCCCAAAGAGGCUGCCAAGUGUGACAGUGCGCUCACCAGUGGGAUCCAGCUCUCCUGGAAUGGACUACCCCAUGGCUGACACCCCUCAGCCAGCUGCAGACGAGGGCAACGCCAGUGUAGCUCCAGGAGCUCCAGUGGUCCCUGCAGCUGCCCCAGUCUUCAGGCCCGCCUCAGAGACUCCCGCCCCCCCCAGCACAGCACCUGCUAACCUGGAGUCCAACCUGAGCUCUCUGAUAGAGGACUCGCCCCAAAAAAAACAUCUGGGGCAGAAGGCCACCCCGCCCCCCUCUCCACUGCUGUCUGAGCUGCUGAAGAAAGGUAGCCUCCUCCCCACUAGCCCCCGCCUGGUCGGUGAGACAGAGGUGCAGGUGUCAGCAGGUUACGGUGCCAAUGCAGGAGUGCACAUGGAGCUGGUUGGCAUGGUUCCAGGUGUGCACAGUGCAGAGAUACAGAUGACCCCUGCAGCCAUCCCUGCAUCGCCUGCAGCCACAGGGGCCCCCACGCUGUCCCGGCUUUUAGAGGCAGGCCCUGUGCAGUUCACCUCGUCUCUCGCUUCCUUCUCUGUCAGCAGCGAGCCUGCCUGUGCCGUCGCUAAACCUACAGCACAGCUGCCUCUGCCAGCACAGCUGCCUCUGCCAGCACAGCCCUCCUCAGAGCCUGCCUGCCAGCCUCACGCCACAGAGCCCCCACUCACAGCUAGUGAGGCUGCUGUGAAGCCAGCCUUGGAGAGCUGCAGUGAUCAGGCUGUGUCAACGGAGACCCCCUCCUUAGUGCCAGGCGCUGUGAGCAGCGAGUGUGUGCCUGGCCCUGCUGUAAGGGGUGCAGCCGGGGAAACAAAGGGGGACGUAGGGGUGGGCGAGGACCUGGUUGCCGUGUCGUACAUGGGGGACGAGCUGGACCUUGAGACCGUGGGAGACAUCAUUGCCAUCAUUGAAGAGAAGGUGGAUGAUAACUCUGAGGCUCUGGAUGCAGCAGCGGUGGAGGCAGCCCUGUCUCUGUGCGAGGAAGCUGCUGAUUCACAGGCACUGUCCGGCCCCUGGGAGCAGCCCUUCAGACCAGAGCAGGACAGGCCACAGCUGCCAGAGAGCACCGCAACACCCCCUCAGGACUGUGUGAAGAAUAGCAAAACCCCGGGCACUGAAAGUGUGGAGAUAAAGAAGGAGAUGAUUGAGGAAGAACUAGGGAGAGAGAGCAGCGUCUCCAUCACAGUCCCUGACCCCCACCCAACAUCCCACAACUCUGAGUCUCCUGCAACCACUGCACCAGAGUUCACCAUCAAAACUGAGCCUGGUUUCAGUGCUGCAGAGAAUGGAGUGGAAAUGAUGGCAAGAUCCGAGGCCUCCCCAAUAGCCCAUUCCUCCCCGACGAACAUCAAGUAUGAGAGUGAGGAGUCGUCUCAGCAGGACUGCCCAGAUUCAAUACAAGAUGAGAGUGGACCAUCUUGUAAAGCACACCUUAAGGACCUGGCGGAGGAGGAUGGCUGCAGUGAGGAGGCCAGUCUGGACGAGCCGAAGGAGGAGGAGUCUGGAGAGGCGUACCUGUCUGAGAUGGAGAAUGAGCCGCCAAUCAGCGAGAGUGAUGAUGGCUACAGCAUCCACAAUGCACCGCUGCAGAUGCACACGCUACCCGAGUCCAUCCCCAGCAGCCCCGCCUCAUCACAGUUCUCAGUGUGCAGUGAGGACCAGGAAGCUAUUCAAGCCCAGAAGAUCUGGAAGAAGGCUAUCAUGCUGGUGUGGAGAGCGGCUGCUAAUCAUAGGUAUGCAAAUGUAUUCCUGCAGCCUGUAACAGACGACAUUGCCCCAGGAUAUCACAGCAUAGUGCACAGGCCGAUGGAUCUCUCCACUAUCAAGAAGAACAUUGAGAACGGUCUGAUCCGCACCACGGCAGAGUUCCAGCGAGACAUCAUGUUGAUGUUCCAGAAUGCCGUGAUGUACAACAGCUCAGAUCAUGACGUCUACCACAUGGCUGUGGAGAUGCAGAGAGACGUCCUGGAACAGAUACAGCAAUUUCUGGCAACCCAGCUGAUCAUGCAGACAUCCGAGUCUGGCAUCAGCGCCAAGAGCCUGCGAGGGAGAGACUCCACCCGCAAACAGGACUCCUCGGACAAGGACAGUGUCCCCAUGGGCUCUCCUGCCUUCCUUCUCUCUCUUUUUGAUGGUGGGACACGGGGUCGCCGGUGUGCAAUUGAAGCAGACAUGAAAAUGAAGAAAUGAACAUCUUAGACAACCAGCAAUGUUGUUUUUACCAAAUCUGACAAAACAUCUCCAGUUCCCCAUGAAAAAGAAUAUUAUCUUUGCGGUCUGAAAAUCUGGGGUUAGCGUAUUUAUCAUGAAGGAGACUUGGACUGAAUCCCUGAGACUGACAUGACUGCAUUAAAUAGCACUGCACCUGUACCAGACCACUGCUGAUGCUACUUCUAAACACAUGUAAGAUGCUGUCCCUUCAUGUGGGGAGGGCCAUGGGCUUUCUUAAUUGGUAGAAGGGCAGGGAAAGUGUCAUACCUUUACACAGUACCCCAUACAGGCACUAGUGUUUGAACCGCAGACAGUAGUUUACUGGUAUGUGCUUAUUGCCACUGAUUUGGUCAUUCAUAACUUUUAAUCAUUUGUUAAAACAAAUUUGCACAAAACUGUGGUAUCCAGAAAGUUUCAGUUGUAACACUGCAUGGAGAUUUUCAAGGGGCAGUAGAGAUGGGGGCUGGUGUAUUAAGAAGACUGUGCUGUCCUGAUUUAAAGCACAUGGUCUGAAGUACGAGAUGCAUCUGAUCUUCAGCUUUUGUUAAUAUAACACACUUUUUUUGGUACGACUCGCAUGAUCAACUCUGGCGAACCCCUGCUUUCAGGAGCUGAACAUAUUGCUUAGAUUUACCUUGAUGUAAAGUUUUGUUGUAUUUGUUAGUAUUGCUGAAAUGCAGAUCCUAUCAUGUAAGUUUAUAAAGUAGUAUUGUAUGUACAGGUUUUUUUUUCUAUUUAAAA